AUGAUUUUAGAUAUUUUAAAUACCUUAAAGGAAUCCCGAGGGAGUGAUUUUGUAACAGGUGGUCACAUUGUCACUCAUCAUCAAAGAGGAGAUAUAAUACUUUGCAACAACCAAGAUGGCUCUGCGGCUCCAGUUGGAAAUACAUUUGACAACAAACACUUUGGCCUAAUAAAAACUCCACCAGAUGAUAAAAUUUGGAUUGCAUUAAUAAUUGCUGGUAGAAAUGUACUAAUUCGUAACACUCAGAUACCAACUGGACCAUUUGAAUGCAAACUUAAGGAAUUAAGGGUCUUAGGCUAUCAUGCUGAGUUGGUAUUGUGGGACAAAUUUUUUGAAUGUAAAACCAAAGAGGCAAAGCUCGCAUAUUUGAAUCAUUUAAUUCAACAAGCAGUGGAAAGGGAAAGGAAA